AUGGGGUCCAAGACACCUGAUGAAUAUCGUCGCGGUCCAGAUGAAUCGCCGACUUGUGCUACGAUCGCGGCUAUCAAUCCACCUAAGCCCUCUGCAGCCAGUGGACUCGUUCACGGUGCACUCGAAGGCGAAGGAGAAGACGGAGACGACAACGACAACGAUGAUGAUACCGACCAAGUUGAACCCGCCUUGAAGAACAUUGCAACGGCCAGCAACAACAAGAAGAAAAAGCGCAAGGGUAACAAGAAGAAGAAAAAUAAGAACAUCGGAGAGCAGAGUGUUCCACCCAGGGUCGCACUGUCCGACCUCUUUCGCAACAAGCCAUAUCCUAAGGGCGAGAUUGUCGUUCAUACCGAUCAGAACAGCAAUCUGCAACGCACCACGGCCCAAGAACUUCGUCACGUGUCUGCCUUGAAAGAAAUGGACGACGACUUCCUGAAAGACUACCGCAAAGCAGCUGAAGUUCAUCGCCAGGUCCGUCAACACGUGCACACCAUUGUCAGACCAGGUAUCUCUAUGAGCCAGCUUGCUGAGGAGAUUGAGGAAGGUGUUCGGGCACUGACUGGUUGUCAAGGUCUUGAGACAGGAGAUGCACUCAAAGCUGGCAUGGGAUUUCCGACUGGGCUCUGCUUGAACAACAUAGCUGCGCAUUGGACUCCCAAUCCAGGAGGCAAAGAAUUGAUUCUCAAGUAUGACGACGUUUUGAAAGUGGAUUUUGGUGUCCACGUCAAUGGCAGGAUUGUCGAUAGUGCUUUCACUGUCGCAUUCAACCCAGUCUAUGAUAAUCUGCUCGCAGCUGUCAAGGCAGCCACCGAUACUGGACUCAAGGAGGCGGGUAUCGAUGCUAGAAUCGACCACAUCAGUGCAUCGAUCCAAGAAGUAAUGGAAAGCUAUGAAGUCGAACUCAACAACAAGACCAUCCCUGUCAAAGCAGUUCGCAACAUCACCGGCCACAACAUUCUACGCUACAAGAUUCAUGGCGACAAACAAGUUCCCUUUGUCAAGACCCAAACCAAUCAAUGCAUGGAAGAAGGCGAUAUUUUCGCCAUCGAAACCUUCGGCAGCACCGGUAGAGCCGUCCUGAGAGACGACGUCUCAGUCUAUGGCUACGGACGCAAUCAGCACGUCAACACCUCUGGCCUCCAUCAUGUAUCUGCAAAGUCAUUGCUCAAGACAAUAGAUGAGAACUUUGGAACACUGGUCUUUGCGCGACGAUAUCUUGAGCGUCUUGGGGUGAAGAACUACCUCCUUGGCAUGAAGACACUUGUCUCGAAUGGCGUUAUUGACUCGUAUGGACCACUAGUUGAUAUUCCGGGCUCAUAUGUGGCGCAGUUUGAGCAUACUGUUCUGUUGCAACCAAACUGUAAGGAGAUCAUAUCACGAGGAGACGACUAUUAA